UUAAAAGUUCUCUCAAAUCCAUAUCCGGAGCGAAACCGAGGUUUCAAAUAUUCCACGCAUCGAUAAUUUUGACAUUUUCGGCUGCAGCAUCAAGGAUUUUGGAUGUAGUUCAGAUGUCAAAUCCUGACGUCGAUGCCAGAAAUGUCAUGAUGGCUACCACCCUGGAGCCACCAGAACCUUAUAGUGGUUCUCCAGCCAGCCUUGCCAUCAUAGUCUUGUCAGUCAUCAUACCAGGCCUGGUUCUCCUUGCAGCUUUCAUCGCUGCAUUUUUUCUCUGCUGGCACCGGGAUCGCAUCCCAAUCUUCCGCAGCAAGGCCCAUCGCUACAGCAAACCCGCUGCCAAGACUGAGAUCAGUGGGGGCAUCGGGUAUCCAAAGCAGAAGGCGUCGCUUCAGAUGACAACGUUGGGCGAGGAAGGAGGACCAUCAUCUUUGGAGGAAGGUCGUGGGACUCCUCCUCCAGAGAUGAAAUUGAAGCCAGACGUUGAUGUAUGAGAGUCUAGCAAGCUGCAGCCACAAUUGUGAAGAGCGGAAAGGCCACCUAUGAAUGCUGCAGGAUUCUAGUGAAUAUAGGAAAAGUUGUAAGAAAAUUCCAGUACAUGUACUAACUCCUUGUGCCUACCUUGAUUCUUCCUCCAUCCCCAUCCCUGCCCCACCCCCACCCCUGUCCCAUCCCAACUCCACCCAAUCCCCACCCCUGCCCCACCCCCA